AUGAAAACGGGUUCAAUAUGCCUGCGAUGUCUACGAGCUCAGAAAUAUAAAACUAAAACGCUAUCCCUCCGAAACACCACCUCAACCCGACCCUUCUCCGCCACAUCUUUCCCUCAGAUGCCGCAACGCUCUAUAGACGCCUCCUACUACCGCGGCGGCACGUCGCGCGCCCUCAUAUUCCAACCCAAAGACCUCUCCGUCGACCGCUCAUCUUGGCCUCCCAUCUUCCUCCAGCUGAUGGGCUCCCCAGACCCGUACGGGCGCCAGCUCGACGGCAUGGGCGCCGGCAUCUCCUCGCUCUCUAAAAUAUGCAUCGUAGCGCCAAGCACACGCCCAGACUGCAAUGUCGACUACACAUUCGUAGGCAUAGGCAUUGAGAGAGACGAAGUGGACAUGGCGGGGAACUGCGGGAACAUGAUUAGUGCCAUUGGGCCGUAUGCUGUCAAUUCGGGGCUGUUUGAGGUGGGUAAGGACGGGGAGGUUACGGUGCGGAUUCAUAACACCAAUACUGGAGUUGUGAUACGCAGCACAUUUCUCGUCGUUGAUAGCCAAGUGGUGGUAGAGGGGGACUACACCAUUGACGGUGUCGCAGGGACUGGCGCGAAGAUACAGCUGGACUUUCUAAGGCCUGGCGGCGCGAAGACGGGGAAGUUGUUGCCGACUGGACAGGUUGUGCAGAAGAUUAAGGGAGUCGAGGUCAGUCUUGUGGACGCCGCUAAUCCAUGUGUUUUUGUAAGAGCGGAAGAUGUAGGGGUACCAGGGACGAUUUUGCCGGCCGAUUUCAACAAGAUGCCAGAGAAACUGGCGCUACUGGAUGAGAUUCGAAGAGCUGGUGCAGUAGCUAUGGGACUUGUGAAGAAUGAGAGCGAAGUUCCCAGGACGAUACCGAAGGUUGGCAUUGUGUCGAAGGCGGCCACGCAUAAGGUGUUGUCGGGAGAAACAAUAGAAGAAAGCUCAGUCGAUGUGGUAAUCAGGUUCAUCUCUGAUGAGCAACCGCACCGUGCAAGUCCGUUGACGGCGGCGCUCUGCACGGCUGUCGCGUCGAAGAUCAAGGGGUCAAUUGUCGAGCAGUGUCUGGCGUCGAAGCCGGUCAAUGCAGACAUGGUCACGAUCGGGCAUGCGAGUGGGCGAAUACAGAUUGACGCUACAAUGGAUGAAGAUGGCGACGCCGAGUGCGCAACUGUUUUUAGGACUGCGAGGAGGAUCUUUGAUGGUAAAGUGUACUAUAACGCAUGA